AAUGGCGUGGCAAUUACCGCCGGCGUGGAAGGGGAACUAGAUUCACAACGUUUAACUGUAUUGUCGAGAGCUUGGUUUUUCGUCCUAACCUGUCGGUGUUACUUCGUUCGGAUCGUAACAUCGAUUUUAGCCGAGGAACAGUAGAGUUUAUCGACGAGCACGUCGUAUUUACAGUUGUCGAUCACGUCUGGUGAACCGUCUGGUUCGCGUUGUAGCGAUUUUUAUUCGUGAUUGACCAUUGCUCGCAGGACAACGCUUAAGAAGACGCGACGAUGAUGGAAAGCUGAGAAUUACGGUUUUCAUAUCGUGCACGAGAGAUGAAUGGUACCAGACUUGGUAGGGGUCGAGGUGGCCGCCUUGCCGUAUACGUGGGUUGCGGGAUGGUGGUCAUUCUCCUGGUGUUCCUCUACCGCGCCGCCACCUCAGAAAUGGCCAGGCUUCAAGAGCUUAAUGUCCAAUGUUCUCAUCAACAGGAGGCUCUUGCCGCUCAACUUCAAGUGAUAUUCGAAUACAAAGUGAGGUUAGAAAAAUCGUUGGCCGAGGAAAAGAGUUCGAACGCGGCUGUGAAACAGGAGCUUCAGCAACGAGCGUCCAGAGAAAAAUCCCUUAGAGAUAAGGACAGUAUAGAGGCGAUGCAGAGAUUCAACUCUUUGCAACAAACGUACAAGUUGCUGCAGACGGAGCAUCAGGAUUUGAAGGAGGAAUGCAAGAAACGGGACCAGCAAGCUUUAGAGGACACUAGUAAAUUGGAGACAACUCUCAGAGAGCUUCGUAGUCGGAUUAGACAGGCGAGGGAGGACAAGGAGAAGGCUUUGGAGCAUUUGAAGAACAAGUUCCUGGAGUUGGACACGCAGAAAAACGAAUUGGAGCAAAAGUACAAUGACAUGUUGAAAAAUAACGUGGACACGGAUAGCACGAUUGAACAUUUGAAAAAGGAGGUGAUUCAAUUGAAGCGCGAGCUGGAUGAAGCUAAAAAAUUGUCACGCAAAGCCACUUCUCCUGGAUCAAGCGUAUCCAAUCCGCAACCAAUAGCGUCACAAGCGAAAUCUGGAGAAGAAGAGAAUGCAGAAAAACCUGUUGAUCGGUCGCAACAGCAGCAGGUAAGUCCACCGACAAAUGACGUUAAAAAUCCGCAGCCAUUGAACGCGCCAAUCGCUCAACAAACGAUUGAGGAUACUCUGCAAUCGAAUGAGCAACGAGUGAACGAGAUGAACAACGUUCGAUUCGCCCAGAUGAAUGGAAACAUCGUCCCCGUGGGCCCUAACGAGAUGAAGGAAGCAGAAGUGUUACCGUUGCCGUACGAUUUGCAAGAGAAACGCCAGAGAAAGGAGAACGAUCAAUCCGUGAUCGAUGAUAAUCAAAUUGAGAGCGAUAAGAUCAUUGAGAGGGACGAGGAUCGCAAUGAGAAUCGCAACGAGGAACAAUUGAGACAAGUCAUUCCACCGCCCAAUCAGAACAAUGAGAAAUUCAAUGAGAAGAAGUCCUCUUCCAAUUCACCGGCAAACGAAGUGUCGCAUAAAAUUAACAAGAAUCUUGAUGACAAGAAGGUUACCACGGAUGUAUCAGAGAGUAGGGUAUCGUGGUUGAAGAAAAACGAACAUUCUGAUCUUAAUAAUGAAGUAAUGGAUAGGAUAAUUGGUCAGCAAACUUCUGAGAAAGUGGAGGAGAAAUUGGAAAAAGUUCAGAACAAUGUUGAUGGUAUUUUGAAUCAGAUUUUGAGAAUGAUCUGAGAAAUUAGGUUGAAUGAGAUUUGCGGAGUUUUGUCAGAUUCUUUUUUUCUAGGGAAUAGGCAUGGAUAAUUGUAUUUAAUGGUAUUUCUUGAAGAAAUGCCUAUCGUCUUUUAUAUAGACACGUUAAAAUUAAUUUCCAGCUCAUCUCAUGUGAGUGUUAACUCAGAUCCUAGUUAUGAUUUCUUUUGAAAUGAAGAUAUUCAAAGCGUUUUUAAAACAUGAACAAAAUUCAGAAUUAUGUGAUAAAUUUUUAACGGUGAAUUAGUUGAUAUUUUUUGCAAGAAAAAGAAAUUAUUAUAUUGAUCGUUGAUGUUGAAAAUAUAUAAUGAAUUGAACAAAUGUUUAUAUAGCUGUUCUAAUAAUAAUUGUAACAAGCUGUGAAAAAACUUAUUGGCUUGUACAGAUUAAGGAAAAGUGCCUUUAAGUGAUUGCUGAGGAACUGAGUCUUUCUAGUGUAAUAUUUUUAGUAAUAUUUAUACAUGCACGUAAUUUGCAUGAUUUGUACUUGGUGCUGUAGCUAGAUAAUUUCUUUAACUGAUCCGUAAGACUUUAAAACAAAUUACAAAAUUAAAAAAAGUAUUUUUUCUUGAAUAUGAAAUACAAUGAACAACAAAAUGUGACAAUAUAAUAUAAUAGAGAGUUUGAAAAAUUGCAUGACAGAGUAAUUUAAUUAAGUAUUUAAUAAUACUGAGAAAAUUUUGCUAAUUUUAUUUAUAAUUGGUAUUAAUUAUUAUUAUUAUUAUUAUUAUUAUUAUUAUAUAUUAUUAUAAAUGUUGAAUUAGGAUACAAAAAAUGAACAAAUAAAAAGAACAGCAAAAUUGCUUCUGAACUAUUAUAAACAACUAUUUAAUUCUAGUAUUAUGAAAUAUGAUGAAUAAAUAUUGUGUACAUUAUAUAGAAAUAUGAAUUGAAAUACGAAUUGAAAUUUUCUAUCAGAAAAAUCUAUUUUUCCUUUUCAAACUUAGACAAUCAUAAACUUAUAAUAUUGACAUAGCAAUACAAAAAAUCCACUAACUCAAAUUUAACUAAUAAUCUUAUUUACAUUCUUUUAAUGGUUGAAGGUGUCUUAAGUAUUAACAUCCUUUUUUUUUUUAAUGUAGAUUUUUUUGAAUGAAGGUAUUUUAAGUGCAAUAUCUUAGAUACUUUAUGUAAUGAAA